GAGGAAAUGUGUGUUUAUACAUUUGUGUGCGUGCUUCUCUAUAUAUGUGUGUCUGUGUGUCCGUACCUUGCGUGUUGCUGGGAUGUAAGAUAUGUAUUCAAGCUCAUGUUUGUGUGUCUGUGUCAAGGCUUCAUGAUGUGUGUGUUUGUGUGUUUGUUUGUGUGAUUUAGUCGUCAGUACGUGGAGAACGGAAUUCACUCCGGUAUUUUCUGUUGGCAGGUUGCCAGUUCAUUGCGUUCUCCGGUGAUGAUGUUUUCAUUGUCGUCCACGUCUGUUGACACCUGACCCGCUGCCUGACCUCAGUGACCUGUAGACACGUGAGCUUCGUGCAUUGGAGCCUCCUGUACUUCAUGUAUGUGUGGGGGAGGAGCUUGGAUACUCAUGCAUCGUGAGAGCAUCGCUGCCUUCAUUCCUGUACUUGAUGUAUGUAUGGAGGAGGAGCUUGCAUCCUGAUGUUGUGAGCAUCGCUGCUGUCGUUCCUGUACUUCAUGUAUGUGUGGGGGAGGGGCUUGCACGCUCAUGUGAGCAUCGCUGCUGUCGUUGGUUCUUCACUCUCUCCUGGUAUAUCUCCCUCUCCACACGUGCAGACUACCAGCAGUUGUUAACCUCUCCUCGUCUCAGACGCUGCUUUCCUCGGGAUGUACUUCCACUAACAGCUUUCUCACAAAGACCAUCUCCGGGUUGGACAUACAGGUGCAGUGGACUACUGGUACUUUCACAAGGGUUAUCUUGACCAUCCACAUCCAUCAUCCCUUUAUUUAGUAUUGUUUAGAAGUGCUUUACCCACCCUCUUCACUGAUUUGGUCCACUACAGGCUGUCUUCUGUAUCUCCUCAUCACCUCCCAGAAGGCCUUUGGUUUGUUGACUGCAUUUUCUAGAGACUUGAUUUUUAAAGGUGGAUACAAUGCUGCGAUUAUUUAUAUUUCUACUCUCACUCGCUCCUUUCGUGUCGACGAAGGGGACAGAAAGUUGCCAAGAAGCAGACUGUCCGCCAAAGACUUGGCACAAUGUGGGAUGCUCUACAGACGACGACUGCGAUGCGCCCUAUGUCAAGUGCUACAAACGUGUCUGUAGAUGUGAACCCGGGUAUUUCUAUACCACACACGACACGUGUACUAACACUUGUAGCCCAGACGACAUGCAGGACAGCUUCACAGAGUAUCCUGACAGCGCUCUACGUGCAAACCUCAUUGGUAGCCCGGAUAGACUCACUGUGGAAGACUGCAAGGGCAGGUGCCAGACUAACAAGCGUUGCCUCACCUUUGAUUUCAAAGCCAAUGGAGGUCUGUGUCGGAUUCAUAAUGUCACCUCUCGUCAUUCUCCUUCCGACUGGUCUCCUAAGCAGAGUGAAGGCUGGACCCACUACCAGAAAUCCUGCAAGUCCACUUUUGCCUCAAACGAUAACUGGCACAACUUGUUGUGUAAAAGCAGGAUUGACUGUCCUGACACAAACAGCGACUGUUUGUCAGGGCGAUGUUUAUGCCGUCCAGGCUUCAUGUUCAAUCAAGCAAAGAAGGAGUGUGUUGUUGCAAGCGAGCUGAAGAAGUGGCACAACACAAGCUGCUCGACAGACGACGACUGCGAUGCGCCCUACGUCACGUGCUACAUACGUGUCUGUCGGUGUGAACCCGGGUAUUUCUACACCACACAGGACACGUGUACUAGCACUUGUAGCCCUGACGACAUGCAGGACAGCUUCACAGAGUAUCCUGACAGCGCUCUACGUCAAAACCUCAUUGGUAGCUGGGAUGGACUCACUGUGGAAGCCUGCAAGGACAGGUGCCAGACUUAUAAGCCUUGCCUCACCUUUGACUUCAAAGCCAGUGGAGGUCUGUGUCGGCUUCAUGGUGUCACCGCUCAUGACUCUCCCUCCAACUGGUCUCCUAAACGGAGUAAAGGCUGGACCCACUACCAGAAAUCCUGCAAGUCUACUUUUGCCACACACGAUAACUGGUACAACUUGUUGUGUGACAACAAGAUGGAGUGUCCUGACCCAUACAGCGAUUGUUUGUCAGGACGAUGUCAAUGUCAUUUUGGUUUCGAUCAAGAAAAUAAGGAGUGUGUUCGUGCAGGGUCUUGUGUAGACUGGCUGGCCAAAGGCGCGAAGAGUGGUGUCUACACCAUUGACGUAUCAUUUAGGGGACCUCGGUCAGUGUGGUGUGAUAUGGACACUGCGGGCGGCGGCUGGCUGGUCAUCCAGAGACGUCGCGACGGCUCAGUUGACUUCAACCGGAGCUGGACAGAAUAUGUAAACGGGUUUGGUAACAUCUCUGCAGAUUACUGGCUGGGCCUAGACGCGAUUGACAAACUAGAGUAUAUGGAUGGUACGCGCUUGAGAGUGGACAUGGUGGAUUAUACAGGGACACAUUGCUGGGCGGAGUACAGCUAUUUCCGUGUGCACGGUCCUGGGUCAGACUACAAACUUUCCGUGUCCGGCUACUCGGGUAAUGCAGGAGAUCGGUUGACAAAUAGUCACGGAUACCCGUUUCAAACCUAUGACCGAAACCCGUACGGCUGUGUUAAAUCAUAUGCUGGCGCCUGGUGGUACCCGCCUCGCUGUUACACAUGGGCUAACCUCAACAGCCCUAAUAAAUUUGACAUCACUUGGUCUAACAUCAACUACGCGAAGUUCUCGGAGAUGAAGACAAAGCCAACAUGAUAACACCACCUUGUCUCCUGUACCAACUGCUUACACCGCCAGUCCACUGUUCACUGUUCACUACAGGUUCCACUGAUGAUGUGAGCUCAGUGUACAUUAAUCUUUCUCAAUAGUCUAGCAUCUGACACUAGUACAGACUACUUACUGUACUUUAAUUGUUUACUUUGAGUAUAUUGCCUGGUGAUUCUAUUAUACACGUGUUGUAUUACUUCUUUCACAUUUGCAUUUGCUUGGAUAAACUAAUAGGUUUACAAACGUGAAGUCUAAGUUUAAUUAAUUAAUUCAGCAUUUAAUUGUGCCUAGGUUGUAGUAAAAGUGUCACGAACUACAUAUUAGCUGAACACCUGAUAGUUUAUAGUAAACGUGUCAUGAACUAUAUAUUAGCUAGACACCAAAUAGUUUACAGUAAACGUGUCAUGAACUAUAUAUUAGCUAUACACCUGAUAGUUUAUACUGAACGUGUCA